AUGGCUUUAUUGUUAGAAGAGAUCAUUCGAUCAGUAGAGGUUUUGCUAAAGCUCAAAAACGCAAAUCAGAAACCUUACGUUGACCCGAGUCUCGACCCGGUUCUUCUCGUCCCCGGAAUCGCUGGUUCGAUUCUUCACGCCGUUGAUCAUGAGAACGGAAAAGAAGAACGUGUUUGGGUUAGAAUCUUUGGUGCUGAUCAUGAGUUUAAGACAAAGAUGUGGUCUCGAUUCGAUCCUUCAACUGGUAAAACGAUCUCUCUGGACCCAAAAACGAGUAUUGUGGUUCCUCAAGACAGAGAUGGGCUUCUUGCAAUUGAUGUCUUAGACCCAGAUUUGAUUGUUGGACGUGAAUCUGUGUACUAUUUCCAUGAGAUGAUUGUUGAGAUGAUUGGAUGGGGAUUCGAAGAAGGGAAAACGCUUUUCGGUUUCGGUUAUGAUUUCCGACAAAGCAAUAGACUGCAGGAAACGUUGGACUUGUUUGCUAAAAAGUUGGAAUCAGUUUACAAAGCUUCAGGAGAGAAGAAGAUUAAUGUUAUAAGUCAUUCUAUGGGAGGACUGUUGGUGAAAUGUUUCAUGAGUCUGCACAGUGAUAUAUUUGAGAAGUAUGUAAAGAAUUGGAUUGCUAUUGCUGCUCCGUUUCAAGGUGCUCCUGGAUAUAUCACAUCGACUUUGCUUAAUGGAAUGUCAUUUGUCAAUGGUUGGGAACAGAACUUUUUCGUCUCUAAGUGGAGCAUGCAUCAGUUGCUUAUUGAGUGUCCGUCAAUAUACGAGCUGAUGUGUUGCCCGUAUUUCAAAUGGGAACACCCUCCUGUUUUAGAGCUGUGGAGAGAGAAACAGAGCAAUGAUGGCGUUGGAAAAUCGGAUGUUUUUCUUGAGUCUUACCGUAGUCUCGAAAGCCUUGAAGUUUUCACAAAAUCGCUUUGUAACAAUACAGCUAAUUAUUGUGGAGAAUCCAUCGAGCUUCCUUUUAACUGGAAGAUCAUGGAGUGGGCUCAUAAAACCAUGAGAAUAUUAUCAUCUGCCAAGCUUCCUCCGAAAGUGAAAUUCUAUAACAUAUAUGGAACCAAUUUAGAAACCCCUCAUAGUGUUUGCUAUGGGAAUGAGAAGAUGCCCGUCAAAGAUCUAACGAAUCUAAGAAACUUCCAGCCGACGUAUAUAUGCGUUGAUGGUGAUGGCACAGUUCCAAUGGAGUCUGCCAUGGCGGAUGGGCUUGAAGCAGUAGCAAGAGUUGGAGUUCCUGGGGAACACCGAGGAAUUCUGAACGAUCACCGUGUCUUCCGAAUGCUCAAGAAAUGGCUAAACGUAGGCGAACCCGACCCAUUCUACAACCCAAUAAACGAUUACGUCAUCCUUCCUACUGAAUACGAAAUGGAGCAAUACCGAGAGAACGGACUCGAGGUUGCUUCGGUGAAAGAAUCCUGGGACAUCAUAACAGAUGACAACAAUAAUGGCACAGCCGAGUCAACCGUUAGCUCCAUAUCAGUCUCUCAACCCGGAGAUGAUCAAAAACCCCAAGCCGAAGCUCGUGCAACCUUAACCGUCCAUUCACAAAACGACGGUAGACAACAUGUGGAGCUCAAUGCUGUAAGUGUCUCUGUUGAUGCAUAA